AUGGGAGAAAUGGAAGAGAGCUACAUAUUGAUGGCGGUCUCUGAUUUCUAUGCUGUGAAUGCUAAUUAUCGAACUAGACUCAAUCUAUUUACCAGGGAUUCUAAGGAUGAUGUUGCUUGGUGCGCUCUAGAUCUAAUGAACAACGAAAAAGUGCAUGCCAUCAUAGGACCUCAAAGUUCAGCACAAGCUAAGUUUGUCGCAAAUCUUGGUGAAAAGGCCCAUGUUCCAAUACUUUCUUUCUCAGCCACAAGUCCCCUUCUUACCACAAACCAUAACCCAUUUUUCAUUCAAACAACCCAAGAUAAUUCAGCUCAAGUAAAAGCCAUAGCUGCCUUAAUUCAAGCUUAUGGUUGGCGAGAAGUCAUUUCUAUUUAUGAAGACACAGAUUAUGGCAUUGACUUAAUUCUAUAUUUGAUAGAUGCUUUCCAAGAGGUUGAUGUCCGAUUUCCUUACAGAAGUGUCAUUUCUCUGUCAUUAAAAGAUAGUGAUAUUUUAGAGGAGCUUAAAAAAUUAAAGGCAAUGCAAACAAGAAUAUUCCUUGUACACAUGACUGCUUCUCUUGGGUCAAAGCUUUUUCUACAUGUAAAGAAUUCAGGAAUGAUGAGCGAAGGGUAUGCAUGGAUAACAACACAAGGGCUAUCAAAUUGGUCAGUUACUAUUGAUUCAAAGAUCAUGGACUCAAUGCAAGGAGCAUAUGAUACAAUUUGGGCAUUGGCUAUGGCAGUGGAGAAGGCUAAUAUAGAGCAUUCUAGCUUUUGGAAGCAAAAUUCUGGUGAAACUAAAGUAGACCAUGCAGCCAUAGGAGUUUCUGAAAUUGGUCCAAGGCUUCUCAACAAAAUUGCAAGCACUAGAUUUCAAGGCCUUAGUGGGUACUUUGAUUUGAUUAAGGGCUAUGAAGUACGGGUGUGUCUCCGGAUCCAAGUGUGGGUGCGGAUGCGGGACUCGGCAAUUUUUGAAAAAGUAGGGUGCAAGUGCGGACAAACGAAGAGGAUUAUUGGAUAUUGGAACCCCAAGAAAGGACUUUCAAAAGAAAUUGAUGACAUUUGUGAAAUAGCAUACUCAAUAUCAAAGAACAAACUUAAGGCACCAAUCUGGCCUGGAGACCCAAUAAACCAACCAAAAAAGUUGACGAUUGGAGUUCAAGUAAGAGAUGCUUUUAAUGAGUUUAUAAAGGUUGAAUGGUGUCCUCGUAGUGAUAAAGAUAAACCAAAAAUAUCCGGGUUUUCAAUUGAUGUGUUCCUUGCUAUGUUGGAUAUAAUACCCUUUCCCCUUCCACAUGAGUUUGUGCUAUAUGUGAAUGAAAGUAGGCAGAGUGCAGGAACUUAUGAUGAACUUAUUUUACAAAUCAAACUUAAGGUGAUUUUUUAG